AAUUAACUAUGGGUACGUGGUAGGUGACCAAGGGUUUGUUUUCUCACGUAGUAACAUUAGUUAUCCGUCGACUUUAAAGGACUACGAGGUAUUGAACACACCAGCCGGACACACUAUGCUACCUUGCAGGCAGGACUUCGGGAUGAAGAAGUCUGGAGGACCGCGAAACAGCCCGGUUAUAAACUUUAGGACCACGGUGAUCCCGGGCUCGGUCCGCCGGAGCUCCGCGGUGCUUCCUUCGGUCCUUACCUUCCUGGUGAUCGUAGCCUCCGGAGGCCUGCUGCUUAUGAUAGAGAAAGGAAUGCUGAGCAGCAUGGAGACACCUCCACCGCGGGGGACCGGGAAACGGCAGGACUUCAUGCGGCAGGUCGGGAGGCUCAGCCCGGGUGCUGAGGACGUGGACUCGCAGAUCCUUCAAGAGAUCCGUAACCGGACCAUCAGGUCUAUGUGCAGCCAGAAGAACAUGCCGCACAGCAUCAUGUCCCUCACCCCCCUGCAGAGGAAGACGCUGCUGCAGCACAUCCUGGUGAACGAUCAGUACCACUUCCUGUACUGCUACGUCCCCAAGGUGGCCUGCUCCAACUGGAAGAGGGUCCUGAAGGUUCUGAACGGGGUUCUGGAGAGCGUGGACGUCAGCAUCAAGAUGGACCACCGCAGCGACCUGCAGUUUUUGUCCUCUUUUAAACCCGAGCAGAUCCAAUAUCGCCUCAAGCACUACUUCAAGUUCAUGUUUGUGCGGGAGCCAAUGGAGCGCUUGCUUUCUGCAUACAGGAACAAAUUUGGAGAGAUCAAGUCCUACCAGAAAAAGUACGGCGUGGAGAUCGUAAAGCGGUACAGGAAAACUCGCGCUAAGGACGCGACGGUUAAAGGAGAUGAUGUGACGUUUGCAGAGUUUGUCCGUUACUUGCUGGACACGGACGCAGAGCGCAUGAAUGAGCACUGGAUGCCGGUGUACAACUUAUGCCAACCCUGCGCCGUGUCCUAUGACUUCAUCGGCUCCUAUGAGCACCUUGAAAGGGAUUCUGAGUUUGUGCUCCAGCGCAUUGGAGCGCCUCCUCAUGUUCGCUUCCCUGAGAGGCAAACGUGGUACAAGCCGGUCACCACGGAGACGUUACAUUAUUAUCUGUGCACGUUACCACAUAAGCUACUGAGGGAACUCCUGCCCAAAUACAUUUUAGACUUUUCCCUCUUUGCUUAUCAUCUCCCCAACACAACCACUGAACACUGCCGGCAUUAAAUGUGCAAUGUUUCAUAGUUUUGAGAGAACUUUUUAUAGAGCAUUAUUUUUUACUAUUUGUAUUACUAAGGAAGAAACUGUAUUUUAAUAGUCGUUACACAUUUUGACUUGAGAUGUUCUAAUAUCAUCGCAGUAUGCAGAUGGUUGGUCUUAACUUCAGAACCACUAAAGCUUGAAAUUAGCUGAAGACAAACAAACAUAUGAACCGACUUUGUUCCAUUUCAACAUGUUCCUGUCGUGCACUGUUACAGUAAAUUAACCAAUUCAGUAUAUAUUGAUGCAGUUGUAAAUAAGGUUGCCAGACCAAACUUAGCUUUUUCUUCUUCUACACUAUUGGAGAAGCUAAAGGGUUAACAGCUUCUGCGGCCCUUCAGUGGUUUAGCUGGCUAAAACAUAAACUAUUGGCUCACCGAGUCUUGGGUUUAAAUCAAGUUUUUGUGUUUUCGUUCUACGUCGACAAUCUGUCCCCCAUCUUUACCAACACGUUGGACUGUUUACCCUGUUAUUAAACAGAAAUUGAAGUUUAGUGAUGUACAUUACUGCACAUUUCUGUGAUUUUGUAUUUCUUUAUUUGAGGAAUAAUUUAAUAAUUUAAACAUUGUUAAAAAAAACAUGAAUAUUAAAGCAUAAUACACAUAACCACAGGGUUGAACAAAAACGUAUUUUGCUACAUGUGUGACGUUGACAACCAAAUUGAUUUCAGGAAAACAGUUUUGAAGCUAAAUCCACAUUUUGACCAAUGACUGUGUAACGUACUGACAGAGAUGACUUGGAAGUGGAGUCAAUCGGUGGUUGGAUAUUUCCAUAGAAAAAAGUAAACAUACUGUUUGAAUGUUAUCACUGUUACUAGUUUAUGUUAAAUUGAACACUCACUGUAAAGCCGCUACUUACAAAGACCUUCACAAUUCAUUCACAGCUUCAAGUGGUUUCUAACUCACUCAUCAAGUUGUUUAUUUGUCUGUCUCUGUAGUUGUGGCAGAAUCUUUGAAGCUCACACUUCUGGAAAGAGAAAGAAAGAGAAAUGGUGAAAUAAGGAAGAGGUUUUUUUUUAAAGAUUUGUUACGGCUCAUCUUUCUUUUUUUGUAAUCAAAGAGCAUUGCUUCCUGUCUAACAUGGAAAAACACCAGCUUAUUACCAGAACCUAACACAAAACAAUGAGCCCUAUUAAAAGCCAUAUCAUUU